AUGUCUGAUGUUGAUGAAGACGUUGGGCAUACUGUAGUGCACUUCUUAUACACAGGCGGCUACGAGACAGUCAGUUCGCCUCUUGACGAAGGCACAUUAGAUCUCGCCAGAGAGUACAAGAGGAGCGUUUUAGUCUACCAGGCGUCAAGGACUUGGGGCCUUACUGAUCUUGAAAUCCUUGCUCAGCAAAAGAUGCAGCAAUUAGAUAAGGAGCUUCCUGUUCUUGAAUUACUGCGGGUAAUGAGGGAUAUUUUUUCAAGUCUUCCUGUAGGUGAAACUUGGGUUCCAGGUUACAUUCAAGCGAACCUGCAGCGCUCACUAAAGCCUAAUGAUCCGGGGCUUGGUUUACGCGAGUUCUACGAUAUUAUCGGCCAAGACCAUCAGUUUGAUAAUGCGGUGAUGAAAAUGAUCAUCGAGAUAUUAUCUAUUCGCAUUUUUUCUAUGAAAGAUCAGCAGGUGAAGACACCGAACGGCAUCAUCUCAAAUAGAACCCCUCUUCAAGGGCCUGUUUCCGAAGGGCCUGAGUCUUUUGUCGAAGAGCCCGAACCUGCCCCUGAAGAGCCUGGGCCUUUUUUCGAAGAACCCGGGCCUACCCCUGAAGACCCUAAGCCUGCACCAGAAGAGACUGACUGUUUCCCCGAAGAACCUGAGCCUUUUUCCGAAGAAGCUGGGCCUGCCCCUGAAGAGCCUAUGCCUGCCCCUGAAGAGCCUAUGCCUGCCCCUGAAGAGCCUAUGCCUGCCCCUGAAGAGCCUAUGCCUGCCCCUGAAGAGCCUAAGUCUGUACCAGAAGAGACUGAGUGUUUCCCCGAAGAACCUGAGCCUUUUUCCGAAGAACCCGGGCCUGCCCCUGAAGAGCCUAAGCCUGCCCCAAAGAAGACUGAGUGUUUCCCCGAAGAGCCUGAGAAAAUUCCCGGGGAGCUCCCUGCUGAAGCGGGUAGCGGACUUUGGACCAUCCCUCGAGCAUCUGCUAAGAUUGGCGACUGGCCGCGCGCUUCGUUGUUGCCCGAAGAUACGCCAAAUGCCGAAAUACAAGAAGCUUCUGGCCAGGGCCACAUAGCGAGGAUUUCAUGCUCAGACUUGACUCUGUAUGAAAAUUAG